AUAUUUGAUAAAACAAUGUCAUCAGAAUUCAUCUGCCUUUUAAAUAGAUAUUGUGAAAUGGAAAAUCAGGCAAGCCAGAUAGAAAAUGCUACUAAAGAAAUUGACAAAGUAAAGAGAAAGCUUCAGCAAAAUGUCAGUGAGGUUAAACUACAAGUUCAGACAGCAGUGAGUCGUAAUUUGGAGGCCUUGAGGAACCGCGAGGUUUGGCUCCUGAACCAGGUGGAGUUGUUACAGAGUGCUAAAGAAGAGGUUCUCAGUAACCAGCAGGCAAAGCUGCACAAAUUACUGGGGGUCAUCCAGACCCAGAAGGGGGGAUUAAGCCAAACAAGAAUUGAUCCCAGUGACUUGAAGCCUGAGGAAUCGCCAUACUUGACCUUCCGCUGUGAUGCUGGGUCACUCCGAGAGAGUAUCAACAGCUUUGGUAAGAUAGACGCCAGUGGUCUGCCCCACUCUGUGUUUGUUCAGCCGGGGAAUCCAUCGACCAGUCUGCCCAAACAUGUGGAGGAAUAUGAGGAUGCUGAACACCACGUCCUGUAUAAAACUGUAGAGGAGGUUCAUCAAUCUAAGAUGUCCAACGCCUGUAUUGAUGUAAAAAUUCCCAAGCUUUCUCCUAAUGCUGAUGACUGGCUGGCCAGACCUUCCUCCAUUUCAAAGAUGUCUGUGUCUGCCCCCAAAUUUUCCAUGCCAAACUUGAGCAAUAAGAAGAAUGAUUGGUUGUAUCAAUCAGGUGACAGCAAGGACCAGGGGUCAGUUUGCUCCUCCACUUUGUCAGAUGAGGUCUUGUCCUUGACCCCCAGUCACAGUGUGCCCUCCUUCUCCUCUCAUUCGACCUUUUCAAGCACCAAGAGCUGGCUGAAGCAGAUUAAACAGGAUUUUGAGGAUGAGGAUGAUUUUGAGAUUGUGGAAGGAGGAGGAUCUACUGGUACUCCAGAAACAGACCCUGAAUUCCACCAUGAUUUUGUCAUUUCCCCCUCCCACUCUGUUCCAGACCUGCUUCAUUGGAAGUACAAGCCAUCCUCCACUGUGUGGCUGAAGACUAGCUCCUCUCCCAGCUCUAUACACAGCAAGAACUCAACUCAAAGCAAGCCUCAUGACAUUUUUCAAACCUACUUUGCUACAGUGUCUCAGGACACCAAACACUGGCUUGCAAAGAAGACAGAUAGCUGUUGUAGCCAGACCUGCCAGUCCAAGAAAGCAAUGGACAUAGAGAAUUUGGGGUCUUGUUUAGGACAUGAAAAUCCCAAGGCUAGUGACUUCACCUGGCUUUGUACAGCAGAGGAACAAUGUCAUGAUGUAAAGGAGUGUUCUGCAGAUCCCAGUUGUCUGGAUAAAUUCCUUCAAAAGAAUCCAUCCUGUAAACUCACAACAACUAACACCACAGGCAUAUCUAACAAAGUACGCAAAACCUACACUGGCCCAAUAGAUACUAAUGCAUGGUUACUGAAAUCGGGACAUGCCAGGUCUUGCAGCAGUAAUGCUUCCAAUCCAUUCAGCAAGUAUCUUAUUAACACCAAAGAACAGCUCUCUGAUUGGCUGAAACCUGUGACAUCGACCAAAAAGGCUACUCCGGAGGUAGUGUCAUUUGACCAUAUUGACACCAACCUGUCGACAUGGGUUAAAGCUCCUGGUAGUAAAAUAGUAGGUAAAGAUAUUCCAGAGGGCCAGGUAAUUGCCAUACCAACUACUGUACCAGCAGAGAACCAGGGCUGGUUGAUGAAGAAACCAGUUACAAGUACCUGGUUAAGUGGUUCCAGCACCAGCAACAGUGAAAAUAAGAGCUUGUUUCAAAACAUUCAUGAAAACAAUUCAAAGUGGUUGCUGAAGUGACCAACCUGUUGAAUCUUCACUUGAACAGUCCAUUAUUUUAUUAUUUUUUUUUUAGUGCUUUAUAUAAGUUAAAACUGCUUCAAGAAAUGUUUACUGUUGUAUAUGGAAUUUUGGCAAUUUUUUUCUUCUACUGGUAAAUUUGGUGAAAAAGCAGAGGCAUUAUUUACAGUAAUGCAUUCACAAGUUGAAGCAACCAGCAACAUUUUUAAAGAUUUGUUUUCUCUUUAAAUCAGAAGCAAGAAUGAAAUUGCCAAUGAUUCCUUAUAUAACAUGUUUAUAUUUAAUGUCUUUAUAUAUGAAUAUUUAUAUAUACACUGUACAUGUAUAUUAUGUACGUAAAGAAAUAAUAAAAGUAAAUCUAUAUAUUUUCAUUAUUAGUGCACUGAAACUUAGCAUUGUGCUUUUGAAACCAGCAUGAUUUUACAGGUGUAACUAUGUGAAUUGUAAUCUUGAUACUGAAAGUAUGAAUUCGAUUACAGUCUUAUUUUAAACUUGAAUUGUAAUGCUUACAUACACUGUAACUGUGAUAUUUUCUUGUGAUUAUUUGACAUGUAUGUAAACAGUUAUUUGUUGUCUUUAAAAUCACUAAUUGAUAAUGGUAUGGUUGUAUGCAUUAAACAUGGGAUACAAUAAAUACUUUAAAAAAUA